CUUGUAGAGUGAGCCGAAACACACUAAGUGGAUAUUUUCUGGCUGGCAGAGACAUGGCUUGGUGGCCGAUUGGUGCAUCUCUGUUUGCCAGCAGUGAGGGUUCAGGAUUGUUCAUCGGUCUAGCUGGGACAGGAGCAGCAGGAGGGAUUGCUGUAGCCGGAUUUGAAUGGAAUGCAACUUAUGCCCUGUUGGCUCUUGCCUGGAUCUUUGUCCCAGUUUAUGUGUCUUCUGGGAUUGUCACAAUGCCAGAGUAUCUGGGUCGGCGAUUUGGAGGAGAGCGAAUUCGCAUGUACUUGUCAGCUCUCAGUCUGAUGCUGUCCGUGUUUACCAAGAUCUCAACAGAUCUGUACUCUGGAGCUUUGUUUGUCCAGGUUUGUUUGGGCUGGAAUCUCUACCUCUCCACUGUGCUCAUGUUGGUCGUCACUGCCCUCUACACUAUUGCAGGUGGCUUGGCUGCUGUAAUCUACACUGACACUCUUCAGACCUUCGUCAUGAUUAUUGGAGCGAUCAUCCUCACCAUUACAGCAUUCAACAAGAUUGGAGGCUACAGUAACCUGGAGAGCGUGUAUUUGAAAGCUGUGCCGUCUAAGAUCAUCCCAAAUACGACAUGUCACCUGCCCAGGGCUGAUGCCAUGCACCUGUUCAGAGACCCUGUGCAUGGAGAUUUACCCUGGCCAGGCAUGACACUGGGAUUAACUAUCAUUGCAACAUGGUACUGGUGCACUGAUCAGGUAAUCGUGCAGAGGUCUCUGUCAGCCAAGAAUCUGAAUCAUGCCAAAGGGGCGUCCAUCUUUGCCAGCUAUCUCAAAAUGCUUCCCAUGAUCUUCAUCAUCCUACCUGGCAUGAUCAGCAGGGCUCUCUAUCCAGACAUAGUGGCUUGUGUGGACCCUGAAGAGUGUGUAAAGGUGUGUGGUACAGAGGUGGGCUGUUCCAACAUUGCUUUUCCAAAACUGGUCAUUGAGCUCAUGCCCAGCGGCCUCAGGGGGUUAAUGAUAGCUGUAAUGAUGGCCGCUUUAAUGUCAUCACUGACCUCCAUCUUUAACAGCAGUAGCACCCUCUUCACCAUGGACAUCUGGAAGAAGUAUAGAAGAGGUGCUAGCGAGAAGGAGCUGCUGCUGGUUGGCAGGAUAGUGACUGUUAUUUUGGUGGUGAUUAGUGUGGUUUGGAUCCCAAUUCUUCAGAGCGCUAACAGCGGUCAGCUCUAUGUUUACAUCCAGUCAGUAACCAGCUAUCUGGCCACUCCUGUUACUGCCAUUUUUGUAUUGGCUAUUUUCUGGAAAAGAACCAAUGAGGCGGGAGCAUUUUGGGGCCUGAUGGUUGGUCUGGUGGUGGGAUUGUCACGGAUGGUUCUAGAGCUUGCAUUCCCUCCACCCCGCUGCGGUGUUUUUGACCCUGCUCCCUCCGUCCUAAGGAGUGUACACUACCUGCACUUUGCCAUCAUACUCUGCGCCCUCACUGCCUUCGUUGUGGUGGUGAUCAGUCUAUUGACCCCACCACCUACUGAUGAACAGAUGCUUAAUCUUACCUGGUGGACUCUCCACAACAGCACUGAGAGAGAAAUACCUCUACAGAAAGUAACUACACUCAGCCGCAGGACGGACGGUUGUGAGCCUGUGCGCAGGGGUAAGUGUGUCCGCACCGCUGGGUUCUGUAGCCCUCGACCUGGCCGAUCUGCACCCGGGACACCACCUUCCAUUAUUCCCAGCAUCAGAGAAGAUCCCUUCUGGUCUCGCUUCUGCUGUGCCAAUGCCAUUAUUCUCGUGUGUGUCAACAUCUUCCUCUAUGCUUACUAUGCAUAACACACAGCCCCCACACAAAAAUUUUUUAUUUAUUUUUUGAC